AUGUCCGCACUCGCACACGUAGCUUCGCCGCAAACCAAAAAGGCGCCCGCGGUGGUACAGCCUGGCAACCAUCCAUUCGCUCUCCCGGACGGCUCCAAGUUUACGAUCGUCGUCUCUCACGAGAGGAGAGCAUCGGUGUCUGGCGGUGCCGUUGCUGAAGACGAGCAGUCUCAGAGAGUCGGACACGCCAUCAAACUUUCGUCGCACAAGACGCACGCCUGGAUCGACACCGACAGCACCCUUUUCGUCAAGUCACCAUGUGCACCGUAUCCGAACCCGGCAGCCGAGCCCGACACCAACAGCCUGGCAUUCCGAACGCAGAGGUUUGCCGAGUGUCGAAUCUCCUCGUCGGACAGCGCACAGCUUGAUUCGAAGAAGAUGUGGAACUGGGUGAAUGCCUUCUUUGCGCUGUGGCCGCAGCAGGAGCACGUCCUGAUUCGCACAGAGGGACUGGCGGCAGACGUGGUGACGUACCUCGUAUCAUCCAAGUUGGCCGUUGUGGAUCCAUCCAAGCCGCCAUCAUCGUCGACGCCGGGAGGCAAGACGCAAGUCGAUACCACUCGCCUCCUUAUCUCGCGUGCUGCUUUCUGGCAAGGCAAUGGCUCACCUACCCCAGCGUUCGCUCCGUGGGUGCUACCCCUCGCCGACGCAGCAACUUUGAGCGCCCUCACUUCGUCCAACGCAGAGACGGUCACUUCGCCGCUGGCAGAGCCGUUCAAGCCGCCUCCGUCGGCCGGGCCCAUCUACUCGCGCUUCAUCCCCGAUCUCAACUCUCACCUCACCUUCCGCGUGGCCUCGUCGAACAACGCGAAGGACGUCGACCUGAUCACGGGCUGGCACGCGACGGACCGGGUCAACGAAGGCUGGCGUCAGCGUCUCAGUCGCGAGGAGCAACUCGAAGGCAUGCGCAAGGGCGAAGCGAACGCAUACACGUUGGGUCUGAUCGGCGAGUGGGACGGCGAACCGUGGGGUUACGUCGAGAUCUACUACUCGAAGCACUCGAAUCUGGUCGACUUCUACACGGCGGGACAGCACGAUCGCGGCUUCCACGCGCUGGUGGGCGACGAGCGAUUCCGAGGUCCCCAUCGUGUGCGAUCGUGGAUGGGAAGCGUGGUACACCUCAUGUUCCUGUUGGAUCCCUCGACGUGCCAGUGCGUCUCGGAACCGCGGCUGUCGAAUACAAAGAUGGUGCAGUACGAGAUGAUGGUUGGAGGCAACGUCGAGAAGUACAUCGACUUUCCGCACAAGAGGGCGGCGCUGGUGCAGUUUGGCAAGGAGAGAUUCUUCCAGCUGUGUCCGAUGGGUCCGCUGCCGGAGCAUCUGGCGUAG